AUGGCUUUGACUGUUUCUCUCUGCGCAAUCCCGCGACAUGCAGUUGGGCACUUUCCCAGGAGCGCGCUUUCAGAUUUUGAAGCCUCCGGUAUCGGAGCAGACGAACCUGUUCGGGGAUCAGUACGAGUCGUUAAAGUGAAUCCACACUUUUGGCGCCAUGCCUCAGGUAUGUUCGGUAAACCUGCACCAAAACGAAGUUUGUUUCCCUCUUUUUUGGCGCUGGGCCGCGCUGGACCUUCUGCGCUUGCGCACAGACCCACAGCAGCACUUCCACACCUGCGGCCAAGCUACACCGAUAACGAGAACAAAAAGAGGCUGGGCAUGGACAUGUGGCAAAGAGUGAUGCAGAAAAGUGACCAGGCCAAAGAGGCCUUAUCACUGCCCUUCAACUCCAAAGAUGUGGGCACUCAGAGCUGCGCGGCACUACCUUUCACUCAACGGAUAACAGAGGAGGGCUGUGAGCCGUUAACGAUUCAGAACAAGCUGUGCUUCGGUCAAUGCAGCUCCAUGUUCGUGCCCCCUAAUGGAGGAUCCGUUAUUCAUCAGAGCCGCACGUCCUGCUCCCGCUGCGGUCCGUCCAAAGCUCACACUGUGCUAGUACGCCUGCGCUGCGGGUCUCAGGUCCGAGAGAGAAGCGUGAUGCUGGUGGAGGAGUGCAAGUGUGAAACCGGCCGAGAGGAGAAACAAGCUGAGAACAUGGCAUCACAUUUAUAA